ACAAAAUUGGUUGUCUUUAAGAUUUUUAUCAAAGUAGAUCCGUUUUGGAUGUACACAUUCACAUGCAUGUUCAGAUACUUGUGCACAACUGUAAUUUUCAAGCAUUCAUGUUCCAUCCCUUUUGCACUACGCCACUGUCACAGCCUUUGAUCCACUGAGAUCUUAACCCAUUGCCUUGUCGAAUUUCCCUCAGUCAGUCUGCUGCUUGCCUCGCUGCUGUUUGGUGCGUCGAUGGUCUGCUGAACAAUUGUUUAUUCUAUCGAAUCUUCGGUUCCCUCUUUCGUUUUGUGUUUAUUUAAAAUUCGAAUAGGUCUGUGCUACCAACACAUUUGCACCAUGCAUAGCAUGCGUCUUUGGAAUCUCAAGCGGCUCUCGUUGCUGCUCAGCGCGGUCUUCUUGAUAUACUUCUUUGUUUUCUCCGGCGGCUAUCAUAAAUAUCAAAUAGACGGCGUUAUCGGCAAAGCGAAACCGGAAGUAGUUUGGGAAUAUGUGGCGGACUUUAAUAAAAUGCGCUUGCUUAAUCCCACAAUCAUAAAUUUCAAGAUUCUGGCCGAUCAUGGCCACGCCCAUGACUGGCGCUACACGGUGCAGUAUACGGAGCGGCUGUCUCACUGGCCGCACUGGCUAAAUGAAGCCACCGCCCAAUAUGUGGUGACCAAGACGAUGCCGGGUGUCCAUCCACCAGCCUGGGCCAUCCAGUCGACGCACAAAACGUGCUUCUUUCGCGGACUUUAUUGCUUGCACUCGCUCAGCGAGUUCAGUUUCAGCGCCCUCGGCCCCGACACAUAUGCGAAUGAGAAGAUCCAAUAUCAGUGCCCGCCGCUCCUAGGCAGCGCCUGUCGACGGGAGCUCGAGUUCCAGCGCCGCGCCGUCAUGCACAAUCUGACGCACAUUUUCAAGAGAACGUAGCUCCAACGUGCCACAAAAAAGCAAAAGUAUCGUUUUCCAUUUUAAUCUGUUGCCGUAAAUGUAUUUACACAUCCAUACGCUUGCACAUUUCAUUGAGUGCACAUAAACAAAAUAUUUGCAUUUAGCUAAAUUAACUAAUAAUUGUUGCUAAAUUUUUUCUGAAUUGUAACAAACUGAUUAAAAUAUGCAUGUCAACCAAAUAGUUGAAACUUUUAAAUUGUUCAAUGCUCGCCCCUCUGUAUUAUAUAUUUAAAAAUAUUCUUUGUAAUCGGACGCUGUUAAUUUGUCAUUGAGGAACUUUACACAUACGUAAUUAAUUGGCCCGUGAGAGCCCCGCACAAUUCGAUUUUAACAGCGUAUACAGUGUAUAUCCCUUGAAAUAGGAUAUUUGUGAUAAAUGAAUAGAUCGAUUUUCCCCACAUUUCCACCUUGGGGACCUUAAAAACUGUUCUACAUCUUAAAAAAAUUAUACAAAAAAUAGUAAUGUGAUUCUUACACAUUCCAUUCAACAAGGUGUUUCAGAGAUAUCUGGUUAGAGAAAAUGAAGCUCCACCGCUUUGAUAUUGAUUGAUAUUUUGGCAAAUUGUUUAAACACGACCCACUGCAUAGUCUUGAGUCUCUUGAGUCUUUUGUAUAGAUCACAAUAAC